UCGAGAUUCCCUAUGCCCCCAUGAGCAACCGGAACCCAAGUGCAAACUACCAGCAGGGCGCGCAGCCCCCUCUUCCGGGACAGAAUGCGUACGGACAGACACCAGAGCAGGCGGCCGCUCAUGCCGCUGCGUGGGCAGCCUACUACCAGUCCCAGGGCAUGACUGCUCCUCAGGGGCAUAGCGCACCAACAACCCCCGCGCAGGCUCCUUUAGCUGGUGCCCCCGCCGCUCAGAAUCCCUACGCAAACUAUGGAUAUGGUGCAGGCGCUCAGCAUAACAAACCGCAGCCACCUGCCGCUGGUCCUUCCCUGCAAUCGUAUAGACCACCGGCAAGCAACCAGGCGUUCGCCACUGCCUCUACUCAGCCUUCUCUGGCGUACCCACAGCAACAGACAUAUCCUGCUCAGCCACAGUAUUCUCAGGCAGGGUACCAGCCCGGUCGACCGCCCUACCAACAACCUGCUCCGCCAGCUCAGCAGCCGUAUGCUUGGCAGGCUGGACAGCAACCUCAGAUACAGCCUGGACAGCCUGCCUACCGUCCCCCUGCCCAGCCUCAGCAACCUUACCCCAGCUAUGCGGCCCAGCCGGCAGGACCUUACUACCCUCCGGUUCAGCCUCAACCUACCCCUUAUACGCCUCCCCAGCCCUCUGUACAGUCGCCUUAUCGCCCGCCAAUGGGCGGCCCCAAUAUGUCGUCACCCAUGCAAUCGCAGCCCACGCAAUUUCGCCCCCCUGCACUGCUAGGCAACCAAGGCAGACCGCCUCGCCCGCCCAUGAGCAACCAGCCUGGUGGAGGAGGAGGCGGAGGAUUCCCGCCUGCAAAGAGGCCGAGGUUUGAUGGACCAGGCGGGGGAGGAAACAAGAUGACCCAAGGCCGGCCGCCCAACAACGGACCACAGGGUCCCCCGACAGGCCAACGCAAUGUAAGUCGUCCCAACCUCCCCAUCAACCGGCCGCCUAUCCAUCUCGGCGCCGGUCCUCCACUUGCUUCGGGCCCUGGUGGUCCAAGUGGAGUGUUUGCACCUCCCUCUGGUCCUGGUCAGCCGAAGGCUGGGCCGAUGCGAGGCAACGACAGUCGAAGAGGCAGAGGUGGUAUGAUGAAUGCACCUCGGGGUCCAGCAACGAUGCGUCGCCCCGACGGUUCUUUCGCGCCUUCAGCUUUCUCUAAGGGUGUCGCCCCGGGUGCUGGGAAGAAUUUGUUUGACAAACGGGGUAACAAGAAGCUUGGUGGGGCUGUACAGGGGAAGGAUAUGGUUAAGGCGACGAUGACUGAUUGGAGGAUUGUGGGUAUCGAGAUGAAAGAGCUGGGAUGGGCUUGGGGAAUCGUCGACGGGCAGAAGGCCGAGGCCGAGAGCGAGGUCAAAGUGGAAGGGCAAGAGCCUGUUGUAAACACGAAUGGCGAGGCUGAGGCCAAGGUCGAGCUCACAGAAGCCGAGCCUGCCAAACCUACUGAAAGCGCCUCUGCUCUUAUUCCUGCUGUUGAAUCCUCAGAAUCUGCUCCCAUCAAAUCUGAGCCUUCAUUGGAACCUCAGACAGAAACCUCUCUGGCCUCCAAGGUCGAAAGCGAGGCCGCCAUUGCAGCGGCCGUUGCGGAAGAGAGCGAGAAGGAAAAACGUGGCGAAAAACGCAAAGCAAAGAGUCCUGAUACUGAAGAUGGAGACGAACACCACUCAGCUAAGCGCUCAAUCCCCUUCAAACCGAUGACUCCUGUCACCGCAGAUCUUGCCCUUCCUCCCUCUACAUCGGCUGCCACCACUCCUCAGCAGGUUUCGCAAUCUACAAGUGAAUCUCCCAUAAAGACCACAAACGAUAUCGCGAAAGAUCUCCUUGCCAAAUACGAAAACAACUCCAACAGACUCAGGAUCUACUUUGACUCACCCCCCGAACUCGACCGAGCGCCCAAGGUCAAGAAGACGCCUGUCAAGGCCAAGGAGGGUCAGGAAGGGAGGGGUAACAAGCGAUUCAGGAGCGUCAGUGUUUCUGCCUCAGUGGUCGAGGAGAAGGAAGGAGAUGAGGCACAGGGUGAGGAGGAGCGCAGUGUGGAGGCUGCAGUGCCAGCUCAGGAGCAAAAUGAGACCGAGCAGGGUGACGAUCAAGCACAAGAAGACGUCGAUCAUAGCUUGGGAUUGGGCGAGGACGUCCUUGCCGCUUCCAGUGUCAAUGAUACUGCAAAUGGCUCUGCAGCCGUCGCCACUUCCGAUAUCCACAACACGGCAGAUACCCAGGCAUCAGAGGAGCAGCCUACAGCAGAGCUGCUGCCAGAACAUUUCGAGUAUCCUGCGCCUCUUGCGGAGGAAACUCAUGCAGAGGUCGAGGCCAAGGAGGAAGUGGGUGAUGGUGAUGUGUCCAUGCGGACGGAGAAGGGCGAUGGUCUUGCAGAUUCCACAGCUGUAGACCCAUUGCAGGCGGAGAUGGUCAAAAAAUCUUUGCCUGGCACGUCUGGGGUGAAUGGAGACUCAAUGCCACCAGAACCUGUCGAGAAAUCUGCUGCUGAUGCUGCCGAGUCUAUCGAAUCCCAGAACGAGGGCAAGAGCAAGACAAACGAGGAGGUGGAGCAGUCCGCCGAUGACAAAAAGCACGGUAUUGAUGAAGAGGAUCAAGCAGCCAAAGACGCCAAAGACGUAUCUGAAGCAGCCGUCGCCGCAGCCGCCUUGGCCGAGUCUGCCACCAAUGCCGCGUCAGCCUAUAAAUCCCGUGCCCGUCGACACUCUUCUGUCUCCACAUCCUCACACGCUCCUGCCGAGAGACAUCCUAAAUCCGCCAACGCAGCGAGCCCAGGGGUGAGCUGGAAUAGAUUGUCGGUCGUGUGGGAACAAUCGACGAGGAGGUUAUGUUUUGAUGCGGAGGUGGUAGAGAAGGUAAGGAUAUGGAGGCAGGAGGGAAAGAUUGAGGUGGAGUUGAAGGAGGGUGAAAUGGAAGAGAAGGCACAAGAGACGACGGAAGAAAAGAGGGAAAAAGAGACAGAAGGAAAGACGGAAGAAGAGACAGAACAUGAAAUGGUGGAAAACAGGAAUAACCUUAAAGAGGAUAACAAGGAGGGUGUAAAAGAAAGUGCGGGCGAAUGGAAGGGACUGCCGAAAGGGAUCAUGAUGGAAUUGUACAGUCCCUCAGAGCAACGCUUCCUUCCAUACACCUCGCCUUCUGAUGACCCCUCCGUUCCACCCCUUCACCUCAUAUCGUCCACCCUCGCAAACAUCAACUCUCCUGUCGUUGUGACCGUACACCUCAAUACCAAAAAUGCGCUGAGCGAGCCAAAGUGGUUAAAGUCAAAUCAGGCGGACGCUUGGUUGUUCGAGCAGUUUGAGAGCAGAAAGGGCGUUGAUGCAGGGUGGCGGGGCAAAUUGGAGGUCAUGGACCCGGAUCCUGCGCCUACGCUGCCAGGUAUAAUGGACGGAUGGGCUAGCAGCUGCACUCUAGGCACCCCUUCCUCUCGUCGCGCGUUCACAUCCUUCCUCUCGUCCUCUCCGGAUGAUCUUCUUGAGAUCCUCCUUCGCCUUGGGCGUGGCGACCGUAAUGCCACCCUCGGGUCAUCGUCUUCGCCAUCUUUCGGCCCUCUUGCCACCCUCAUUCGCCCCGACUCGCCUUUUGCCAACCAUCAGACCCACGUCAGUCUGGCCAUUUUGGCCAUGUAUAGGCUAACGACGGACAUGGCGGAGAAGGCAGGGGCGAAGAAGGAGGCGGUGGAGGAGAAGGUGGGAGAUAUCAUUAGGAGCUUGCCAGGUGCUUUGGUCGCCAAGUCGUUGGAUGGCUUGUUCAGAGAAUGGCAGGGGUAAAUGCGGUGAUCUCUAGUUGGUCUGUGAUAGAAAGGCCUCAUAUGUUGAACUAGUAUCAAGUCUUGCAAAUGUAUAUACAUGCCAACCCGCGCCGAGACCUCUCGUCGACCGAGGCCAUGUUGUGCAUUUGCAGCGAAUGCGAGG